GUGUGCACCUCUGACUUUCUCUUCAGGCUCCUCCCCUCUGCAGAGAGAUAGUCUUCUCCUUUUAGCUCACUCUGCACUGGUGGCCAGAACAACGCAGCCUAUCUCUUUCAGGAGCUGCCCUGUCAGAGAGCAAGGCAGGCUGAGGGGAGGGCACCGGAGGACUGAGAGGAUGGGCAACUCUCUGCUGAGGGAAAACAGGUGGCAACAGAGCACUCAAGAGAUACCCUGGGAUCUGAGAAACCAAAACCUCAAGCAGAGAACAUCCAGGUGCUGGGGCCGCCACAUGGCUGAAGGGUGUUUCUGCCUCCCAUGGAAAAAGAUGCACAUUUUUAAAGCCAGGCAAGAUUUCCCAAAGGAAGGUGGAGGAACAUCCACUGCUACCCAGCAGCAGGACAGCGCUGACCAGAACUCUGCAGAGGAGCUGUGCUACACCCUCAUCGAUCACAGGGUCCUUGGCAGGAGGCCAUCAGGGAACUCUGCCGAGGAGUACUAUGAGAACGUUCCCUGCCAGGUCCGGAGGCCCAGAGAGUCGCUGAGAGGAACCGAGACUGAGUACUCACUUCUCCAUGUGCCUCCCACCCCUAGGCAUCCACCUGCCCCGGAAGGUGAAUAUGAGCUUCUCAGUGUCCAGUAG